AUGCAGCAACCGAAUUUCAUAAUAAAUUUUGAGAAAAUCAAGAAAGAGCAAAUAGAGAAUCCAAGAAGACAUCAUCUGAAAAUAAAAGAACGACAUCUUCAAAUCGAUUCUUCCAGAGGAAAUCUUCACAGUUGAGCUAAUCCUCUUAACAUGGAUACAAUCGGUCUCACUGCGAUUCCGCGUCCGAUUCCGACAGUCGGCCUUCCGAAAAUUCCAACAACAAUUUCCGCCGUCACCACUUCUUCCACAAAUUCAAAUACAAAACUCAAUUCCCAGCCUCACAAGACGUUGCCUCCGAAGCGAUGCCUCAGUCCUCCAAGACAUUCGCCGCCAGACCCAAAUAAACCAGUCAUAAAUCCAAUCACCAACCGAAAAUCAUAUGAUCACAUCACCGACCGAGAGCUUCGAAAAAAGCUAAAAAACCGCGAAUCGGCGCAGGCCGCACGUGAUCGAAAGAAAGCAAAAAUGAUGGCCCUUGAAAGGCAACUCGGAGACAUGGCCGAAAGAAACAAAUUCUUGGAAAACGAAAAUCGCGACUUGAAAGGAAGACUUCAGAGAGUUGAAGCCGAGGCUUUCUGGAGGCUCGUAAAACAGCCUGGCGAAGGAAAUAUGGAAGGCAACCCCAUGAUGCCCAAUGGAAUGCAUCCAAACAUGCACGCAAACAUGCAUGUCGAAGGCCAGCAGAUUCCGCCAGAGCUCCACCAACUCCACCAGCGACAGAUGCAGCUUCUUUUCGAAAACGGUGCUGCUUUCAACCAAGCUGCGAUGCAGCAGGGACAGAGUCAGCAAAUGCCAAUCAACAAUCAGCAGCAACCGCAGAAGAACCAGCAAAGUCAGCGACCAGAGACUCCAAGCAUUUCUGACAUCGAUUCUACCGACUCCAAUCCUUUCGCUUCUCUUCGCUUGCCCAAGGGAGAGCCUCUUGACGAAGACCAGCUCGCUGAAUUAGCUUCAGGACGCGCUAGCGAUCUCUUGGCCCUGACUGCUAGACGAUUCAGCCUCAGUUCCGCCUCAUCUGAGCUCGCUGCGUCCGUAAAUCCAGAACACCUGGAUGACUGGAUCUUGCGAAACUUUAAAGGCGAAGGCUCACCUCUUUCAAAUAAGGCAGCCUCGACUGGCUACUCGUCUGGUUCCUGUGACUCUCCCGAUCAUUCUGGUGAGCCCGCUUCGCCCGAAUUCGCCGGUGCCUGGGCCGCGACUUCCGGCUCCAAUCGAACCAGCUCAUCUGACUCGGGCUGCAUCGUCAAUGAAAACUGCUUCAGCCAAAAACUCCCCCCAUUCAAGCUCGAGAAAUGA